AGAACUGCACUUCUGAAGUAGGAAUUGUGCUGGAGCAAGGGGACGAACCGGGGUCUACUCCAUUUUUACUCCCAGUUUUUCUACGCGAUACCUCGCUGCGAGAGCAGCGCAAGCGAGCGCAGGACUGGAUUCUGCAUCAGAACACUCCUUCUCACAUUGAAAGCUGCCGCCAGUUACGUCAACAAUACCCCGAUUGGAACCCUGAGUCUCAGUCUUCGAAGAGAAAUGCUGGUGACAGAAAAGAAAACCAGACCCCGAAGCGUCGUUCCAACUCCGCCAGUCCCAGUCCUAGACGUUCGAGGGUUGCGGGCUCUGGCUAUGUUCUUCGCCGAUCACGAUCGAGAUCCAGGAGCCCUGGCCGCUUCAGGCCAACGAGGCCAAGAAGUCGAAGCCCGCGGCAGAUGCGACGACGUAGCCCCAGACACAGGUCAAGGUCACCGCAGCGAUCGAGAAAUCCCCUGAGAACGAGUCCACGACCUCAGAGGUCUUCCAGUAAUGAUUGGUCAUCAAGGAGGUCAACCCGAUCUCAAGACAGAAAGGCAGCUCUGGAGGCAGUAGUGAAAAGCCUGGGUCCUGGCUUUGUGGCAGAGUUCAAUAAACAUAAGUCACUUCAAGCAGCUGGGCAAGGAUCUUCGGGAUUGCGAAAAUCACCACCCUCUCAUGGACCCUUAGGGAAGAUGCCUGGAAAUAUGAAGAAGCCGCUGAAAACAGGUGUUUCUCCAAAGGCUUCGAAGAAAGACGUGCCGCCUUUGCCUGGGUCAAGUUCUUCAUCUCCUGAAAGUGAUGAUUUACCCCCAAGCAAAGAAAUGGAAGAGGAUGAGGAAGACUUACCCACAGGAACCAGUGGACCUCGUCCUGCUCCUUAUAAUAGGCUGUUGAGGGAGGAAUUGCUGAGUUGUGGGACAGUCCUUCAGAUAUCUGAUUUACCAGAUGAUGGCUUUUCAGAUCAAGAUAUUAAAAAAAUUGUUCAGCCAUUUGGCAAAGUUAGUGAUCUCCUUGUCCUUCGCUCUAGAAAUGAGGCCUUCCUGGAAAUGAACUACAAAGAAGCCGUGAUAGCAGCUGUGAAAUACGGUGAAACUGUGCCAGUGCUGGUAAAUGGGAAGCGGGUGAAAAUAAGUGUAGCAGAAAAGCCAAAAGUGUCUCCUGGCCAGGCCAAAAUGACUAUAAAAAAACGGGCUCAGAAUGUUAAAAAAGUCACACCAAGCACAAAAAAAGAUCAGAACACCACGAGUAAGACAACUAAAUCCAUUACAGGUAAAAAAGAAAAGACUAAGAAAUCGACAAUGGCAGGAGAUAGUAAAAUCAAGAAAACUUCAAAUACUGCAGCAAAAUCUAUAGAUGAAGACCUUCAGAUCCCAACAGAAGCUGAAAUGGAAGCUGGGGAAACGAAGCUGUCAGACCCAAAGAACGUUCCAGAAGGGGACAGAGUUACAGAGCCUGUGAAGACAGGAGAGACUCAGUCCAAAGUCGUGACUAAUCCUGCACCUGUACUAGAGAAACUUGCGCAGAUGCCUCAUGUGGCGGCGUUGGACUUGGAUGAGUUUCAUGAAGCUUUAAUUGAUCAAGAUGGGAAUAACGUUGGCCAGCUUCCAGUCAGCCGGGACCUCCCCAGGCUCCCAAGAGCUUUGGUAGAUGAUCGAGAGGGGUCCUGCCCGACUACAAAGAGCGAAGAGUCAACUGAAGCAGCUGGCAAGGAACUUGAUGAUACAUGUGUGGUUCUUAUUUCAAACUUGCCUGAGAAAGGAUAUUCUGUUGAGGAAGUUUCCAACCUAGCGAAGCCAUUUGGAGGACUGAGGGAUGUGCUGAUUUUAUCAUCUCAUAAAAAGGCAUAUCUUGAAAUAAACAGAAAAUCUGCGGAUUCCAUGGUUAAAUUUUACACCUGCUUUCCAAUGUCACUGGAUGGAAAUCAGCUCUGCAUCAACAUGGUGCCUCAGUAUAAGACCAUCAAAGAUGAAGAAGCAAUAUUUACUGCUAUAAUUAAAGAUUCUGACCCGAAGGUAAAUACUGAAACGAUACAUAAUCAGUUUGUGCAUCUUGGGAACUUGCCAGAUGACGGAUACAGAGAACUUGAAGUAGUUUGUGUAGGACUUCGAUUUGGGAAAGUAGAUCAUUAUGUUGUACUGAAGAAUAAAAACAAGGCAAUUCUGCAGCUGGAUAGUCCCAAGUCAGCCAGAUCAAUGUGCAGCUUCCUGAAGCAAUAUCCGUAUAAUAUGGGUGAGCAUACAUUGACCUGUACGUUGUCACCCAAUGGAGAGUCUGCUGAGGCUGAAGUUGCGAAAAAAGAAGUGAAGAAAGAGGAACUAAGCAAAGGAAGCUCUGGCUUGAAAAAAUAUCCAGAGGGAUCAGGAGUGGUGCAAACAGCAGCUGCUAAUCCUCCAGUAGAGCCUAGUGUGGCAAAGAAAGGACCCGUUUCCGUCUCUAAUGUCAAAGACGAGAUGUCAGCAGUACAGAUAGAGCCCUCUGAGUCCCAUCUUGAAAGAGCAGUAAGGGAGUCUGCUCAGAGACUGGCAGAAACGUCUGUGGAGAAAGCGGGCGCUGGAGUUGAAGCUCCUGUGGCACCUGUCAAACCCGCUGCUACCGAAUCAUCCGAAGCGAAGUCAGAAGAGAUGCUGCCGCCGCCUUCCAGCGUGGAGAAAGAAGAGGCAGUUAAAGGUAAUGCCAAACCAGCGUUGUUCGAAUCUGCGGUUGUAUCUGCACCAGAGAAGGAAGUUAAAGAUGAAGAGUUGCCUGCUCCUGCCGUUGAGCGCCCAGAAGAAUUGUCCGAUGCGGGCAAGGCUGAAGAUGCGCCGUCAGAUCGUGCUGCGAAGCCAGCAGCGGGGGAUACGAGAGGGGCCGUCCCCGAAGCGGUGCUCCCUCAGAAGAAACCUGUACUUAAAACUGGGGCGGCCGUGGAGAAGAAACUGGAUGUAGCUGGAGCAGACGCAGAGGUGAAACCAGAAGAGUCUGCGCUCAAAGUCGGAAGAGCUGUGGUGGAGAACCCUGACAAGCUUUUGGUCAAGACCGGGGCAGAGACAGAGAAGAAACUUGAAAAACCUGCGACCAAGGUUGGGGCUGCUAUGGAAAAUGCUGCAAAUGCUGUCAAUGAGAACAACGAGGGAAGUUUAAUCAAAGCCCGUCAAAAUAAAGGAACGGGACCGGCAAAACCCGAUGAAACCCUCAAAGCAGUUACGUUAAACUCCUCUCUAUCUGUCAAGGAAUCUUCCUCUGUUGGUAAAACGAUUUUAAAGGCCGUGGUGUCUCUUCUGGAUAUAUCAAAGUCACGGCUUCCAGUGCGGAGCAAUGAGCCUUCCCUGUGUAAAGGAGGGGAGCAGAAAGCUCCCUCGAAGCCCGAGACCCGAGGCCAAGCAGCGGUGGAGAAGAAAAUCGCGUCAAAAGAAGAGGGUCAUCCACGACCUGGUAGCAGCCGAUCGAGCCUGGGAGAUGGCGGCGGCAAAUGUAAAGUGAGCAGAAGUUCUCUUGUUGAUGGAAAGGGAGGCAAUGGGAGGAAUUCAUCUCAGCAAGAGAAGGACUCACGAGUGGAAUCUAGGGCUAGUUCAAAACAGUCUCAAGAGGGAGAGAGUAGAUCAUCCAGCAUGAAGAAAGACAACAGCAGCAAUAAGGCUUCUGUUGGUGGCAAUACUAAAACUUCAAAAAGUGGCCCUAGCAGCAGUGCAAAACCAAAGGAGGAAGAAGAGUUGUUUCCAUUUAACCUGGAUGAAUUUGUUACUGUGGAUGAGGUCGUAGAGGAAGUCGAGUCUCCCGUUAAAACACGGCGAAAUCCACCGCGGGGGAAGAGAAAAGACAGUGCUAAAAACAACUCCUCUUCCGAGCCCAGUUCUAAGAGAAGGAAAGGGAAAAGCUCCAUAGCACGCAUUGCUGAAAGCGAACUCUCGUUUGUCACUUUGGAUGAAAUCGGUGAAGAGGAGGAUGCGACCGCACCGCUAAUGGGAGUCGCUACUCUAGAAGCGCUCAGUGACCCGCAGGGGCUGGUUGUAGUGGAUGAAGUGAUGGAAGAGGAAGAACUUAUGUCAGAAGCAGUAAAGGAUCCGCAGUCGCUUGUUACUUUGGAUGAGAUAUCUGAACAAGAGGACCUUAGUUCUCAUAAAGACAUCCCUAGGGCAGAUUUUGAGGAGCAGGAUUUGAAAGCCGAACCCUUGGUAACCGUAGAUGAAAUUGGUGAAGUAGAAGAGCUGCCCCUGAACGAGCCUACGGACUUGAAUAUUGAGGAGGUGCUGAAACAGAAGGAGGAUGAUAAAGCGACUGCUGAGGAUACUGGAGACUGUGCUUCCUCUCAGGUGCCUGAUGAUCCCAGUGCUCUAGUGACAGUCGAUGAAAUACAAGAGGACAACGAAGAUAACCCUCUCGUGACUUUGGAUGAAGUUAACGAGGACGAAGAUGAUUUUCUGGCUGAUUUUGAUCGUCUAAAAGAGGAACUAAACUUUGUUACAGUAGACGAAGUUGGAGAGGAGGAUGAGGAAGAAGAAAAUGCUUUCCCAGGGAAAAAUCCGAACGAGGAUGAAGACGAUGAAGAUAUUGUUGCCGUUGCAGGACCAGAAGAAGAAGAAAUUGCUGCCAUUGCAGGACCAGAAGAGGAGGAUAUUGUUGCUGUCGCAGGACCAGAAGAAAUGGAAAUUCUAGGAGAUAUGAGUCCAGAAGAAGAAAUUAUUGCGAUACCAAAGUCAAAAGGCCUGGUAAACUCCCUAACACAGAUUAUUUAUAGUCUGCAGUUACAGGGCCGAGCUUUAUUAAGAGUUGGUUUGGAGCCACUGGUGAGAGCUGUAGCGGAGGGCGGCUGGGAGCGGCGGCGGUGCUUCUGUGAAGAGCGCCGUGUGGUCGGGAGCGCUUUUGGAGCCAUUCGCCGCAGCACCGGGGCUGUAUUUGGAAGCCUUGUCCCCGGGAUUGAUGUCAGGAGUUCCCAAAAAUCGCUCUAUGGGAAGACCGAAGCGGAUAGCGUAGAAACCACAGAUCAGCUGGGAUCAGGAGAUAAAGAACCAGAGCCUAAGCGGAAGAAAACGGCUUCUUCAGAUGCAUCGAAGACGCAGAGUACUCCGAAAGAUCUGGAUUACCUAGUUCCAAAGGCAGGCUUUUUCUGUCAGAUCUGCUCGCUCUUCUACGCAGAUGAAACGUCUGUGAAAAAUCACUGCAAGACACCGCUUCAUCAGCAAAACAUGGAGGAGUUCAUGGCCAAGCAGAAGGAUGAGGAUAAAAAAAAAAGUUCAAGGUGA